AUGGGGCCUGGAUUGUUUUGGAACUUCCCUCCCAAGGCGGCUGGCUGCACGGUUCCACAGAGCCUCCUGCAGACCAUGUUGCUGACCAGGAUGGCUGGGAUGAAGGAGCAGCAGUUCACGGAGGAGAAGCCUCUGCUGCCGGAGCAGAGAGGAGCAGACUCCGACCUGCAGGAUAAAGGGGAUGAGGCCUCGGGGGGGCUCCCCUGCCCUGCCAGCCCUGCGCCCCUUAACCACCCCUCUCCCCCCAGCCGCCCCACUCACCGCUGGCAUGUCAUGGCACGGCACUGGCUCCUCCAGACCCGCCGUCGGACCAGCGGGUUCAUCCCGGAAACGUGUGACCAGCUGAUGCCUGCAGGGGAUUGGAAGGAACAUGAUGUCGAGACUCCUUAUGGGAUGCUGCAUGUGGUUAUCCGCGGGGCGCCCAAAGGGAACAAGCCUGCGAUCCUCACCUACCACGAUGUGGGACUGAACCACAAACUGUGCUUCAACUCCUUCUUCAACAACGAGGACAUGCAGGAGAUCACCAAGCACUUUGUGGUGUGUCACGUGGACGCCCCGGGGCAGCAGGUCGGAGCCUCUCAGAUGCCCCAGGGGUACCUGUAUCCCACCAUGGACCAGUUGGCCGGGAUGUUGCCGACUGUGGUGCAGCACUUUGGAUUCAAGAGCAUCGUUGGGAUCGGAGUUGGAGCCGGAGCUUACGUUCUGGCCAAGUUCGCUCUGAUCUUCCCCGACCUGGUGGAGGGUUUGGUUCUGCUCAACAUCGACCCCAAUGGCAAAGGAUGGAUCGACUGGGCUGCCACCAAGCUGUCGGGUCUGACCAGCACGCUGCCGGACGUGGUGCUGCCUCAUCUCUUCAGUCAGGAGGAGCUGAUGAACAACACAGAGCUGGUGCAGAGCUACCGACAACAGAUCAACAACACAAUCAACCUGUUCAACCUGCAGCUCUUCUGGAACAUGUACAACAGCCGUAGGGACCUGGAGAUGAAUCGCAGCGGGACGGUGAUCAACGCCAAGACCCUGAAGUGUCCCACGAUGCUGGUGGUCGGAGACAACGCUCCAGCUGAGGAAGGAGUGGUUGAGUGCAACUCCAAACUGGAUCCGACCAACACCACCUUCCUGAAGAUGGCCGAUUCCGGUGGACUCCCCCAGCUCACACAGCCCGGGAAGCUGACUGAAGCCUUCAAGUACUUCCUGCAGGGAAUGGGCUACAUCGCUUAUGUGAAGGAUCGGAGGUUGAGUGGAGGGCCAGUGCCCUCGGCCAGUAUGACCCGCCUGGUGCGCUCCCGGACGGCCUCUCUGACCAGCGCCAGCUCCAUCGACGGGUCCCGCUCCCGGGCCUGCACCCACUCCGACAGCACCGAGGGGGGGGUGGGCCCGGUCACCCACACCAUGGAGGUGUCCUGCUGA